CUCCGCCGAAUAUCUCUUAAGCCGCUUAGCACCGCCGCUCCAGUUCGUUACCUGAGGCCCUCCUGCCUGCAGGCGGCCGAGAGCAUCGUGGGACGGGGUCCGUCCCCGGGAGCUCCCCGCUCCUACCUGCGUCCCUCCUCUGCGCGGCAGUGGUUUGCUCCGUGCACGCACAACUCAAGGCGAAGCAGGCGCUGGAUUUUGGCCCCACUGCGCAAGGCCGGCGGCACCCGGCCUGCCUCCCUCCCAGCAGCGCGGAGCCCUGCCCGGUGCCCGCGGGAGGCCGGGGAUGCUGGGCGUGCCGUAGCGAGCCGGAGAUGGAUGGAGUCGGCAGCAACAGGACCAUGUCUUACAGCAGGUGGAGUUACAACAGUGUUCUGGAUGAUGAGGGGAGCAACCUGCGUCAGCAGAAGCUUGACAGACAGCGAGCAUUGCUAGAGCAGAAGCAGAAAAAAAAGCGCCAGGAGCCGUUAAUGGUUCAGUCCAAUGUGGACAGUCGCACAAGAGCGCGUAGAACGAAACAUUCGGAGGAACAAGCACCAUUGGUUGAAUCGUAUCUUAACAGCAACAGCAGCACCAUAUACCAUGCAGUACAGGAGGCCGAACAGGAAGAUGUAAAGGUGGCAGUGGAUGCCCAAGCUCCGAAAUCAACUAAAAAAGCCAAGGCAGCAUCUGCAAGCUGUCAGACUGGCAGUGCCAGAAAGGAGAAAAAAGGGAAACACAAAGGAAUUGAUGGCCCAGCUGCUUUUCAAGAUGAUGUUCAGAAAGCAGGAAGUCAAGUGCAGAUUCUCACUGUUGGGCAGUCUAGCCAUGAUGAAGAUGAUGGAGAGAAAAUGGCUACUGGCCAACAACAGCAAAGCAAGCAGGACCUUAAAACAGCAAUGCAGAAAAAGGAUCCCCAUGCAAAUACAUCCUGGUCCUCUUCCACCUCCCAGUCCAGUCUUGUUGCCUUGGAUCAUGCUCCUGGCAUUUCAAGCAGCAUGAAUUUCGAUGAGGAAGAGGAUGAGGAAGAUGCAGACAGCUCUAGCUCUUCCCAGCUAAACAGUAACACCCGGCCUGGUUCUGCCACAAGCAAGAAAUCCAGUAAGGAAGUGGCCUCAGCCCCUAGUCCUUCCACAAAUGAGCCUCUCAUAGAUGUUGAUGACCUGGAGGAAUUUGCUGUAAGACCUGCUCCACAGGGUGCCACCGUCAAAUGCAGAAUCACAAGAGACAAGAAAGGAAUGGAUCGAGGGAUGUACCCUACCUAUUACCUCCACUUGGAAAGGGAGCAUGGUAAAAAGGUGUUUCUGUUAGCUGGAAGGAAACGAAAGAAGAGUAAAACCUCUAAUUACCUCAUCUCCAUAGACCCAACUGACCUGUCUCGAGGUGGAGAGAGUUUUAUUGGAAAACUGAGAUCAAAUCUUAUGGGAACUAAGUUUACAGUUUAUGACAAUGGAGUAAAUCCAAUGAAAACAACAUCAAGCCUGGAGGCGAGUGUCCUGCGUCAGGAGCUAGCUGCUAUUUGUUAUGAAACAAAUGUCCUGGGCUUCAAAGGACCUCGUAAGAUGAGUGUGAUCAUACCAGGAAUGAAUAUGGACCAUGAAAGAGUUUCCAUCAGACCAAGAAAUGAACAUGAGACGCUGCUUGCAAGAUGGCAGAACAAAAACACAGAGAGCGUCAUUGAGCUGCACAACAAAACUCCCGUCUGGAACGAUGACACCCAGUCCUAUGUUUUAAAUUUCCAUGGUCGAGUCACACAGGCCUCAGUGAAAAACUUCCAAAUUAUUCAUGAUAAUGAUCCUGAGUAUAUAGUGAUGCAGUUUGGCCGCGUGGCUGAGGACGUGUUCACCAUGGACUACAACUACCCAAUGUGCGCUCUACAAGCCUUUGCUAUUGCCCUUUCAAGUUUUGACAGCAAGCUGGCUUGUGAGUAAAGGGGCGUGGGAGAGCGUCCUCUCAGAGGAAUCGGUUUGCCGUAUGAUUCCCAAUCCCUGCCGCUGUCACUUAUGGUCCGUACUGAGGUCAGGGAGAAUGCAGUUGUGGAGGACCACCGGAUUGCUGGAGAGAAAUUUAAAAGGAACCUUCUAAAAAAUUCAGGACAUUCAGGAAAUAUUGCUUUCCUUUUUUUUUUUUUUUUUUUUUUUUUUUCUUUUUCUGUCAUAUUGUUUUUCUGGAAGCGGCUUCGAGUUUGUGUAAAUAGAAGUUCUAUCUCAUGUCCUUGAUUAUGUUCUGGAGGUGUGCCAUGAUCUACUGUGGCUCUAGUAGCACCGUUACAACGGUGUGUCUUUUUUAAACCCAGAAAGUGCGCUCUCAACAAAUUUCUUUUUACAUUGUAAGAAUUAUUCCGAGGCUGCAAUCGUACCUCAAGGUUGCAUUCCUACAGCGAAUAAUCAGAUCUUCACUUCAUCCAACAUGAAAGAAAGAUCACAAAAAAAACAAAAAAAUAAUGCACUUUUUUGAAUUUGCAAGGAUCUCAUGUAGCUUACGGCCAAGUCUGAGGGUUGAAAACCUAUCUGGACUGAACUCGAUGUAUCACUAUUGUACGUGUAGAGAAGGGCAUGAUGAAUUUUAAUCACAGUAGGAGGAAAAGGAGAAGUAGAAAGCACAAAAUAAUGUUGCACAAGUCACUUAAAUUCUAAGCUGUCUUUAUGUUUUAACAUCUAUGUGCUUUUUAAUUUGUUUCAAAUGAAAAUGUAUGGGGGAGUACAGAAAAGGGAAAGCUCUAGAUGCCAAGAAAUCGUAACGUACGUUGAAUUUGGCAUGUUGCGUGCUGGGAGUUUAUAGCCUUGUAUUGCUGUGGUGAUUCAGCCAUAUUUUGUAUGAAGUGAUACAAACAGUUGGGUAAAGGCUCUCUGCAGAGAAUCUUCUUAUUUGAAGGAGGCUGUGUAAAGCUGAGGAAGGUAAAUGGAAAUAUUUUAUUAAAUUUGUCUGGCCUUUUGUGAUUUCACUAUUUGUUGACUGCAUUUUUUGAACUUUCAGCAACAACCACUUUUCAUAUUUACUUCCCAUUGUAAUGAUGCCUGAAACCAUUUGAAACUGUAUGCUGUUCUGUGAUGUAAACGUGCCAGCUAGUGAGCUGAAUCCUUCUAGGCGAACGUAGCGUACGCUGCAUACAAAUCAGAUGCUGGAAGGACACCGAGUAGCUUAAAAUAGGGUGAGGUUUUUGUCUCAUUUUUUCUCAUUUGAAUGGGAUAUGUAAACAAAUGCCAUUUCAAAACACAAGCGAAGAACGAAGCUUCUCUUCUUCCCUAAAUGUCUUAGAAGCCAAGAGCUGCAACUGAAAGCACAGCAUAAAGCACCUUUAAAAGAAAGAGAAUCUUUUUGCCACUGUUCCAUAUAACGUAAUUGCCAAUGACACGUGAAGUAACAGGAUCUGUAUGUCGUUGACCAGAAAGGUAUUGAAAUGUGAGUAAAGAGCAAAAGCAGUUGUAUUUUAUACUGUGUGUACUCAGAUCCACCUUUUUACUCUUUAUGGACUUUACUUGGUUGCACAACCAAAGAUUACAUAAGGAGAAAAUGAGAUCAAAUCUGCUCGUCUCGUAGCUGUCAGCUCCUUUUAUACGAUAGAGGCAGGCCAUAAGGAGUGGUUGCGCCAUCUGGACUGUAUGAUUUCAACUAAUAAAAGAAAUAUUCUGUCUUCUUCACGUUUUGCCUUCAGGUCUCUUUCCCAGUAUACUGGCAAGAAAAUUGCAGAUAGAUAAGGGAUGGAAAUAAGUAAUGCUGACAUUUUUUUUUCUAAUAUUUCUUUUCUAUGAGAAAACUCUGCUGGCUUUGAGGAGUGUGUUGUUGAUGGACUCAGCCUGUCAAAUGUCAUCUGUAAAUAACAGGAGGCUCUGUCGUUUUUUCAGAUCUCUUUACAAGAAGCUUUUCCACACAGUGGUAUGAAGUGGAAAGGCACCUUUUGUUGAGAGAAAAGAGCAGUCCAUUCCCUCAAAGAAUGUUCAAAAUGAUGAGUCAUGAGCUGAUGUCUGAUACUGAGCACUUUGGACAUGGAUGCUUUCUUUUUCUGUGUAUUCUGUGGUUUCCCACUGCCUCACAUCCUCAUCCAUGAUCUCACUUUGGCUUUUAACAGAGGGGGCCCUUAUGCCUUUGGUUACCUUCCACCAGUCUUCAAAAAUGAACUCCAGUGAAAAGCAGAAUUUUUGCUUGAGCUACUGCAAAAAAGGGGCAGACAGGAAUUCUUGGUGCUGGUACGUAGGCCUGUUCUGGAUUUCAAGAACUCUGCAGCAUGCGGAUGAUUGAACGUGUGGCUUUAAUUCUGUGAUCACCACUCCUGUGUUGCCUUUAUAGCCUGGGAAAGUGACACCUCACAUAGUUUUCUGCCACGCUGUGCACAAAACUCUGUUAAAGUAGCUAAGCGUCUUGUGGUGCAAAUAUACAAUGUGUUGGCUUUGAGAGCAGAGUUGGUUAAGGAGAGGUUAUUUUUAAUCCAGAUCUUAACAGUGGUCUCGCUUACACCCUGACCCACAGGGAACUGGCACGGAAGCUUGUGCCCAGGGGUGAGAAUAAGGGGCAGGGCAAGGGCAGAGUUCAGCAUCUUGGGAUAGCUUUGCUGCUAGCACACUGUGUAACCUCACUCUCGCCAUGUAUUCUUUCCAGGCCAGGAAUUUUUUUAACCUGUAAGCAUGCCAGGAGGAAGGUGGUGCCUCAAACUCCCGUCAUCGUAACAGAAUCAGUCACACAGGGACAUCAGCCAACGUGCUGCCGAGAAAGAAAUGCCCCACAGUAAAUUUAGGUCACCACAGGGAGGCGUUAACCUGGGACUAACAGCAAGAUUUGUGCUGAGUGGUCUUUGCCAAACCCCUGACUCCUCAUGGUUGUUGAGUGCAGUGCUCCUUUCCUUCACUUGACCGUUGCCCUCUGCUCCAGAAGCAGUUGCUUGUAAUUUGGACUAGCACCUGUUUGAUUUCUGGUGGGCACUUUGUUGAAGGGCCCUGCUGCUUAGCAAUGCCAGCUGAUAUUACAAGUUUUCCAGCACAUCUGCAGAUUUUGUUCUGCUAACUUAGUAAAGUCGCAGCAGGUUCUGUCUGAGUCAUGCCUUAGUCCCCACAGUUACAUUGUCCUCCACAGCAGCAGUAAAUCUUGGAAUCAGUAUGCAUUUUUCAGACAUAUGUGCAUCUGAAAGUAACACAGGAGUAUUUAGUGGCAUACUCAUAUUGGCUGUAGCUUCUGGAGGAGCUGCACAUUAAUGUGCAACAGAACAUAAUCUUGUUUACUCAGUGGGACAAAGAGUAGAAUGGCACCGAGCUGUGUAUUUCCUUCACACAGUCCUAUGAGUGUUUGGAUACAGUAAAUUUAAUAUGAUUUAAACUCUUGCUAUUGAUUUUUUUUUGCAGCUGCUGUUGAUUUUGGCAGAGAGUUGUAAACAAAUUCCUUGCCUGAAUUGCUUAUAGGCAAAUACUGCAUGCUUUAAUGAAGUUCUUAAUCUAACUUGUCACUCUGCAUACAUCAAACAGUUUCUUCCUGGCCCUUUAUCUAAUUUUCUUCAUCUCCGAUGUUCUGUUCCUCCUCAUUCUGUUCACAAUCCCUUUAUCUUUUCUUCAGGGACGUGCAACUCAAAAGUGUUUAUUUUGACAAUAUUCCUCAGUGAUCUCUCCACAGAUGAAUAAUGCCUUUGGUGCACAUCCAGUGAUGCUCCCACAAUAAAAGCCUUAUCACAGGGGGCAAUUUGGCCCUUUGGCUUUUCAGUGGAGCAAAUUAACACAUUAAAAAGAAGCAGAUAGAAAAGCUUGCCUAAAAUGUAAUCGCAAUUUCUUUCAGUCAACAUUGGGUAAACCAGAGUUUCCAAAUCACUGGUUGCAGAUCAAUGAGCAGAGCUGUCCACAAGCCUGGAGGCAGACUGUUCUACAAAUUCCCUUUGUAGUGCUGCCUUAUUUUUCUUUUCAAAAGGCUUAAAGCGAUUCUGUGAACUGAAAUGUGCCAGUGCCCUAAAACAGUUUGUUUUCUAGAAGCUAAACACCACUCUGUUCCUUUUGUAGGAUAUGUGGCACAUAAAGGUGCACUCAUCCCAUCAAACAGGGAUGCUGUAGCACGCUGUUAGAGAUUCUGAUGCUAAGAAGGCUGUAAGGAUGGUUUUGCUAUAAUGACUGGGCAGAUCUCACUAUUCACGUUGCCUUACCGUAGUGCCACAGAUCGCAUCCUUACGAGGGAAUGAAAGAGAUCUGGUGGAAAGAGCUGUUCCCAAAAUCUGGUAGCUGCACGACUGAAAAACGUUACUGUGCACUCAGGUGACAUUGUGGAGAACCAGUGCCAGACCUUCUGGGUUUUUGCUCCCUUUGGAUAAACAAAGAUGUAAGGAGGACUUUCUUUGAACAAGCCCAGGCAUCACUGAGGUCUCUAUGGGUGCUGAGUGUUAGACCUCCAUUUUUACCUCUAAAUAUUUGAUCCUCUGGAAUUGUAGCUAGUUCCCCCAUGCUAUCACAUUGCUGUCCUACACCUGUAUUUGUAAGCUUUUCCUUUUUCUGGAGAAGCACAUCCUCACCAGUAAAAGAUCUUUAUUUGGCAAAUAAGGACAGCACAGGACAGAACAGCAGUCACCUUUACUAGAAUUAGGUGCUGACAGCUCUCAGGUAUUUCAAAUGCUCUUAUUUUUAUUACUAGAAGAAAGAAUUACAUAUAUAAGCCUUGAACUAAUCUUACUACAGAUAAUGUGCUACUUUAUGAACCUGUGUUGCUUCUGUUCUUCAUAUGAAAUAUACCUUCUGGGGUUCUGCUCUUUAAGUGUUCAGACUUAAUUGUGUAAAUAUUCUUUCUGUUCUUGCCAGGGAACUGAGCAAAGGAUUUGCACAGCUCUCACUGUUGGUGUUUUGCAUUGAAUGAUGGCCCAGUAACGAUGCCUGUGUAUUGGAUGAUAAUGCAUUUCUAUGUUGUUUUCAACUGCCUUGAAAUUUUAGAUUCCCUCUUUUCAGUAAGGGCAUGUUUAUCCAUACUGGCAAUGAGAAGACUUGAAUUAGCAUCCUGAAAUUGUUUAACGAAUGCAGUAUGCUGGUUUGCUAAAUUGCUUUAGGAAAAGGACAUAAUUCAGAAAAAAUAUGCUUACAUUCUUGAGGAGAAAAAAAAAAGUUCACUUUAUAAAUAGGUUACAUCUAUAGCAGCAAUUUGAAAAUUACUCUCUAUGAUUCCCCCCCCCCCCCUCCUUGGAUGUGACUCAGCUGCUCAAACUGUGGUUAGGGCAGGCUUUGACUCCAUCAUCGUGCACAGCUGAUAAAAAACAAGUCUCCUAACUUCAGGCUACCCUUAUAGUCACAUGGGAUGCUUACAGCACAGUCUGUUCCCCACAUUUGUCCCUAUAACUCUGUGUUUUCUACUGAGGUUAGCCCGGCUGGCACGAUGCCGUUAGAAGUAUCAGUAAUUUGUAGAGUGAACUUACUCAAACUAAUAAUGUUGGCUAUAAACCCGCCUAUAGAUUUUAGCAUUAAAAUCCAGCUAAUUUUAAAGCUUACAGAUUGGAUAGCAUUUCUGCAGGAUUUGCUUUCCUUAAGCUUGUCUUCAAUGCUGGGCUCUCACAUAAGCAGCCAGCUCCUGGCCCUGUCCCAUACUGCAUCAGGAUCUCGGGUUAGGUCUGACCAUACAGACCUCCCUGCUCAGGUGGCACCACUUUGCUUUCAGGGAGCUUUCUGUUGGCAGCUUUUUUUAUUGCACUAUCUUUCAAUACAUCUUGGUGGCAAUCUGUUAUUAGGUCAGUAAGUGUCAGCCUUAAAAAAAAAAACAAACAGAAAAUUCUCGUCAGGCAAUUGAAAUAAUUACGCUAAAAUCAAGUUUCAUGCAUGUUAGAAGUUAGGAUGGCAUCUAAGAACAAAGAUGAGGGCUGUGUCAGUGUCAGGAACAGGAAAGCUGCUCGGCAACUCAAUUAAAUUGGGCCAUAGAGAUUUUACUUUCACUUAGCAAAAAUCAGUGAGGUUCUGUUUCACUUCUCACUGUAUUUAUAGGCAAAUGGGGUGUGCUGCUGCGUAGGCUGAAUGUGAACAAAUGCCACGUAUUGUAACAGACAUCUAGUUCCAAGUAGGGCUACAGCAGUGAUGGUUAGUGUUACAAGCACUGUAACAGGGUUGUCGUCAAAAGCUGAGUGCGGAACAUGGCUCUGGAUUUUGGAGCCAUUGCAUUCAGUGACACUGUGACAGGUUUGGCCUAUCAGCCCGAGGCUCUGGGACAACAGCACUGGUUAUUCUGCCUUUUUGAUUAUGUAGCAGGUGUCUGUGAGGGUGAAUUCUUCUUUGGCAUCACUGCAAAUCCCUUCUUGCUUUUUAGCAUCUUAGCAGUACGUGUUACUGGGAUUUCAUCAUUUUCACUUACGAUCGCUGACAUUUAUCCAUCUGUAAUUUUCUCGUUUCAAGCUUAUACAGGUUUUUCCAUAUGGGGACUCUCAAGAAAGUUGGUAAAACCUGUGUCAGUGAAUUAAAGUGUGUUAGAUCCCUGUGUGUAUGUUCUCCUUUCAAAGUAGGGUGGCCUUUAAUUCGGGUUGCAUAAUCCUCAGCGGGAGGAUUCGUCACGUUGCACGGUUCAAGGUUGUUGGUGAAUGUAAGGCACUGAGUGUGUUUCUGGCCGAGGCACUGGAGAGCAUCUGCAAAAGGAUUUUCCUUUCUGUAUUCUCAGGGUGGUGGUUACAGCAUACAGUGCAGCACUUCUAAUAGCUGCCUCCUUGAGAAGCAGUCACAAAGCUCAGUACCUGCACACUACAGGCCUCAUUCCUGAAGUCCUCUUUCUUACCGUAGUGGUUUUCAGCCCUCUCUGCAUAACUGACAGCUGCAUAAUGAAUCCAAGCUUCCUGGGAUUGUUGUAGAUGCCUGGGACUAUGCUAAAAGUGAUGCUUUAGUGGUAUAACAGAGCAAGAUGUUAAGAGCACGAUGUAAGUAUGCCAGCAUAAUCAGGUUUACUUUUACAGUGCCAUCACAGGUGUGCCUGUUCUUUAGUGAGAAAAUAAUCAUCCUUUCUCUUUUUCUUCUUCAUUUCUAUCUGCCUGGAUCUGGAGGACAAGCGCCCACUUUAGCAUUCAUGCAAGCAGCCACCAUGUACAGAAACGUGCACACAGCAUAUUUGUUAUGGAUGGGUUUAUCACUAAGCAGUGCCACCAUUACAUGGCUUACUGUCAUUCCGCCAUGUAACUGUGCAUGUUCUCCCUGUGUGCUCUUUCCCACCCUGUGUGUUGUCGCCAGUCAGAGGACACUGCUGCAAAGCUGUGCAUGGAAGCUUAGAAAAGAACCUGCAGAACUGAAGCCGCUGAGAUACAGCUCUCCUAAUCCUGAAGAAAUAGCGCCUUCCGAAGGCACAGAUUGGGACCUGUGGUUUGUAGAACUUUCCAGGCGUUUGUGUUGCACGUCAGAAGAUAACACUUCAUUAUAGCUCUUGCACUAUAUUCAGCCCAAAGCCCAAAGGAACGUUAAGUCAGAGGAGUGCAGAAGCAGGGAACAAAGCUGAAGAGAAAACAAGCUGCCUUUACAGGUCUGGAGACGCAGCAGCACCCAAGCAAGGCAGUGGUUCCGUGCUGGGGAAUGACAGCAGAGUGAUUUCUGGGCAGAGAAUUAACAUCCUGCUUGGCAUCCCUCCGAGUGAGUAAUGCAUUUCAGUUCUUGUUGGUAGACUGUGGUGGUCAUUGGUUUUGUUGCAUUAUGUUUGUCCGUAGCGACUGUUUUUCUCCUGUGGAGCUUUAUUUAUUUCAUCAUGAUGACAUUUUCACCCAUUUAUUUCACAUUAGGGAUUAAUCCAAAGCCGUGUAACUGGAAGUUUCUAUCUAGCUUCUUUUAUCCCUCCAUCGUGCCAUAGGUGCACAUCUCCUCAAGAGUCCUUAUGUUUUCCUCUUGAUAGGCUUCUCAGAAACCAGACAUUAUUGGCAUACAGACUUCUGCACAGGGGCUUAGCAGGAAGCAAGGACUUUGCCUGUACCUCGUUCAUACUAAAAAGGGUAUCUAAAAUGUCAGCCAGGGAAGAAGUUGACCAUUUCUAUUAAGCAUGCCAUAAAAUUAUUUGGUGUUAUUACUGAGAUUAAUUGAGGCAUUUAGAAAAACAAAAUAUUGUUAAUAGCUGUCCAUGUUUGAAGGAAUAGUAUAACUGGUAUAACUGAAUAACUGACCAUGCACAAGAAUUCCAAAGGUACAUCCUGCUAGUCUGUGUGUUCUACACACACACAUUACAUAGCCUUAAAAUUCUAUUAGUCUUAGCUGCGGAUUAAUUGACCUUCCUUUCCCCUGUCUGCACUGACAGAAUGGAAUAAUUUACCAAUUUGUUUUCAAGAAAAUUAUCACAAGAUACCCCUAAAAGACUGUCAUUUGAUUCCUCUUCUAAAACCAUUCUGAACAAGUGAAAUCUUUACGUGGGCCAGCUGAAAAAAGAAACUCUCUUAUAUGGUCUUCAUACAAGUGUCUGUGUUUAAGGUGGUCAACUGUGUGCGUUUCCUUUUGGCAGUCAGUCCAUCUGUACCAACAUCAUUACAAGACCAGGGCUCCUGUGUCUCCUUUUUGAACAGUUUCUUAAACUUUUUAGGGCAACAAGGGAAGAAAUACAAAAGUACCAGUGGGGGACAUUUUGCAAUUGAUACACGUGGAUGCAUUCAAGGCCAGGCUGGAUGUGGCUCUGGGCAGCCUGGUCUGGUGGUUGGCAGCCCUGCGCAAAACAGGGGGGUUGAAACUCGGUGAUCUUUGAGGUCCUUUUCAGCCCAGGCCCUUCUGUGAUUCACCUUCAGCAGUAUCUCAGAAAGCCCAUACUUUUGACAUGGUACAUUUCUGAAAGUUCCUGGCAGCCACUGAGCUUCCCAACACUGUUCUCAUCCAGCAAGAGAUGGGCUGAAAGAUGCACUGUUGGCGAGGAGCUGCAGAAAUGAAUGUUUUAGCAUUUGUUGGGACUGUAUCUGCCUGUGACGAGGAACACAACUUCGUUUCUGACCUGUUUACUUAAACUUCUCCAAGUAGAAAAUGUAACUUCUACAGGGAUGUUUCUGUACCCAUACACUGAGAAAGCAGUUGUGUGAUUUCUCUUUUUAUUGCAACCGUAGACAUUUUCUAAUGCAUCUCUUUGCCUUUCUUAAAUAAACCAAUGAUAUACAAGAAAAUGGGAGUCCAUUAUAGUCUAGAUUUCCUUCAGUUUGAUGGAAUUUUAAAAAUGGAAAAGAUCAAAAUGGACAAAAACUGUCUUAUAAUCCUGAGAACCAGCCAUGUUCUCUUCAUAAAGCCUCCACUUUGUCACAGUUGUUUGCACAAGAUGUCUUGUCCUGUUCUGAAUAGCUAAGCAUCUCCCUUUGGUUGAGACCUAUGUGAAGUUUCAGGUAAAACUGCAGGAAUGUGCUUUUUUAAAGUAAAUUUUUUUUAAAGAAACUCUUUGGAAUUCUGGAGUAAUGUGUUUAUUUACUGCAUGUAUAUCUUUAUAUAUGACUGAUUUCUUUUUUUCUUUUUUACAUCAUUUACAUUAUUUAUGUCACAGAGGUGUCACUGUUUGUUAAUACAGAACAUUGUAUAGAAAUAUUAAACUUCAUUUGUUGGAAACAACUAUGUCUUAUCAUACCUAAGAUCAGAAAUGCCUUAACAAAUUACCUACAUGGAAUACAGAGGUUUUCUAGAUUAGGAAUUCGAACUCCUUAUGGUCCCAACUUCACCAGCUCUGUAACCUUUCCAUCCUGCCAGCUUUUGCUGAACUUCACGCUCAACGCCUUGCAAUCUGGACACACCUCAGGAAAAUGAAGAGGACCAUGAGAUCCUUAGUGAACAGUGGCCAAGCAGAGACCCAGUAUUUGCUGUCUUAGGUCCCUACUGCUGGAGUUACACCUUCAAGUCCUGCAACCUCAAUACUGUUACCAGUUCCACUAUCUGUUAAGGACUAAUAUUUAUGUAUGCAAAAAAUGUAGCCUGAAAAGCGGUCCGAGAAGCCAGGGCUAGAGAUUUUUAACGACAAGAGCAAAGAACAGCUUAGGCAGGAAUAAUCCAUUGCACAAUCCCAGUGACCCCACCAGGCCUCAAGUGACCAUGGGAAAAGAGAAAAGACACGUCCCCCAUCUCUCCACUGGACACAGCAAAUUCAAACUGGAGUCACAAGUUCCUGACUACAGCUCUAGAGGCCCUCAGCACAGAUCAUUUUAGAAAUGAACAAUUUUAGAAUCUUAAAAGCUUUCACUAACUGGAGAGUCACAAUUUCUUCUGUUGGGAAUAAUGUACAUUUGAGUGAUCUCUGCAUCAAGCAACAGCAGGUAGCAGCAGAGAGGAGGGGCUGGGCUGCACUUAACGCAUCCUGGAAAGACAACUGAGGAAAGUGAGCCUCAUGUCAGCUGCCUGUUUGUUUUCUAGGAAUCUGCCCCUCCCUAAAACAGGUGAAGCUCCCAAGCUGAAUAAAAUCACUUGGCUAGAACAACCUUCCCAGUACAUGGCAUACUCAGGCUGCAUGACUUACCAUGACUCACAUUUCCAUUGGCAUAGCUGGUUGUACAAAAAGACUGAAACACAGAUUACUCGGUAACUCUUAACUGGUUAUCUUGUCCAGUGCUAGUGAUAUGUAAGUUAUAAACAAUGUUUUGAUAUGCAGGUAAAAACACUUUAUGAUUACUGCACUAGAUUGUUAUGUGACCUCAAAAUUAAUCAUGAUUUUCAGAUUCUCAGUUAGCUGGAAAAGAAGAAACCAACAUAAAAACCCUAAUUUCUGGUGCAGUGAGUCAGAUCAUGAACUUCCUACGUCUGCCUGUUCUACAAACAUUAGUUAGUAAUCCUUCUCAGUGUAUUUUUGGGACCAACACUCAUAUUUCCUGCCUUAUUUUCUGAUCUCAUCUGUAACCAUUAAAAAUACCCAGGAAUGACUAGCACUUCUGUGUUGGCAAUAGUUUUAUCAGAAUAUCUAAGGUAAAGAACACAUCUUGUUCAUUUAACUUUAAUAAAAGUUAUACCCAUCUUUUUGAGAAACAUUUGAAGUAAAAGAGCAAACACUUUUACUAAGCCCAAUUGCUUUCAUUGGGAGACCAGAGCUGCUGCAUUUUUCCCCAAGUCCAGAGUUCACUGAUGUUUUCCCCUAUGAUUUUCAUUUUAUUGUCUAAUAGAGGUUCUUUGCAGAAUGCAAUUUUAUAACAUGCUCUUCUUCUAAUUACAACUCUUCCUCACUAAAAACAAGCUACUUAUAAUUAAGAAUGCUGGACAAACCUCUGAGGUGAUUUUCUAAAACAAAUAAAUGCACAUUUCUGUUUCAGAGAGGGAGGAAAGCUGAAGGAAAGAAAAGCAGUGUCAUAUGAACAAGAAGAGUAUUAUUUUGCAGGCUGCUGUUAAGCUGCUGCAUGAGGUAUCACAGGCUGUGUCCUAAGAGCACUUCCUGGUACCCUGGAUGCUGCCAAGGAGAUCAAGACCUCAAGCCAGAGCAGUUUAGACUCUUUGGCACCACACUGUCACCCUGCAUUAGUAUCAUUUUCUCCUAUUGGCACUGCAAAGGAAUAUGAAGCCAUUAGCUGUGUGUCACAGGUAUCACAAGCAGUCCUAACUGCUCUCUGCACUAGGAGGGAACUUUUUCUUACUGGGAGAUUGGAAGAGACCAAGGUCAAAAUUCAGUCUUGAUUUAGGGAUUAAAUUGUUGCUCUUAAACUGGUAGCACAGUAUUGUCACACUCAUUAAUUUCUUGGUAUUUCUCCUGCUGAUACAAGAAUUUAACUGCCACCAAAGGACAUGCUGAAACACUUAUGGCCUCUUGGUAGGCCACCCCUGGGGGACAGCUGAGGACCUUGCUUCAGAUCACAGUGCUAGGAUUUACAAGUGCCCCCCCGCUACUGUGGUGAGCUGCCUCUGCCCCCAGUUUCCAUUGAGAAAAGGCUGAGACAGCCCUUCAGUGCUUGACAAAUUCCUUACUGAGAUUUACAAGCUGACAUAGCAACCUCUGAGUCCAAAAACCAUUUUUUUAGGGGUAAGUCUUCCCUUUGGCAUUUCUGCUUUCCAGCUGAAACAACUCUCAACUUUGCUGGGUCCUGCCUGACAGCAGGAACCUUAUACUUCUUCCACUGUGCUUAGAAAACAGAACUGCUAGGCCAAUGCCACUUAGAAUGCUGGCUAUCCCUUAGCCAUGUGGAUCUAGUUCUUUGUUUACUAUCAAUCGCUUAUUCUCCUUCAUCAUAACAAAAUAUGCUGUUAGUAAAUUUAUGGUAUUAGGGGUGUAUCUCCCUUUCUGUUUUUCAAGAGGUUUCCAUGUUACCAGCCUGGCUACUGGGUUUACCACUGCAGUAUUUGGGGCAUUGCUAAUAUAGUGCUCACAAGUGACAAGAUACAAUCUACAUUUUUGUGCCUUCAUUCUCAGUGCUGUCUCUAAGGCCAGGUCAGCCUAUUCAGUACAGACACACUGCCCACCAGAAGGUCACCGGGAACAUCUGUCCCACAGAUGUAUGAACCAUCCAGUGCAACACACACAACCAGUGACUUCUGAAGAUUGUAAUGAGUAGAGCUGGCAGCAGCAAGAGUGUUUCACUGCAGUCUGUAGUAUAUUUACAGCUAACACACUCUGGAGCCUGGAGUUCCUUAUGCAUAACAACUUGCUACAUUUUAGCUUCUCAGUGUACAUAGCUAAAAACUCUACCUUGUAUUUCAUGCAUAGUGCCACUUUUCCAUACACUGCACACAAUUAAACGCACAGAUUUGCAUGAAUUUAAAUGAAACCAAACUUCUAAAAUUUCACAUACCAUUAUAAGCAGCUGGAAUCUCAAGUACAACAUAAGCACAUUAUUUAUACAGACAGGUAAAAUCUAUCUCUAAAAGGUGCAGCAAACAUGAGCAUUCUUAUUUCUCAUGGCAACAGGUUGGGUUACUGCUACAUCCUUCACAGCCUUCAUCUGUCUCUUAACACCGGAAAGGCAACAAAUAAAGGCUGUGAUUAGCAAGUCAUCCAGCUGUAUCAGUCUAGCUUGACUAUGUCUAGAGAAGAACCAGAAAUGCCCACAGUGAAAAUGGCCUUCCCUGUGAGUGACCGAUACCAGCUGAUGUGCUCCAGCUGAAGGACAGUGACUAAAGCAGGACAAAUGUGAUCUGGUAUUCUCACCUGCAGAGAGUCUGGCUUAGACAGAAACACUGUGUAUCAGGUCCUGCAUGCUGUAGUUGUGCAGCCAGGAUUCCCAGCAAAGAGAACACAAGUCCUGCUCAGAGACAGAGGUCAAACUACUGCCAUGGCAAAGAGAGAAUGAGUGUUGAAGGUCCAGAGAAAUAAAUAAAUAAAUAAAUAAAUAAAUACAAUCAAGUCUACAAAAUUAUUUUAAAAGAUAAACACCUCCAGUAACAAAGAGUAUCAAAUAUGUUUUCGCUAUCCUUUUCUCUCUUCCACCAUCAUUAACUUAUUCCUGUUAUUUAUUCUUUAAUUCCUACAGUAGGGAUUCUUUAUGGAUAACAUACGCACUGUAAACAUCAGACUGCAGUUGUAACCUGGAAAACCAAUCAACGAAAACAAAAGCAAAAGAGAUGCCUCAAUGGCAGAUAUCCACUGCACAACAAACCAGACACAAGCGUGUAGUGAAAGAUGCCUUUUUUGUUGUUGCUAUUCUUUCCCCAAACUCAAGAUAUGUCCUGGUGAGCUGGGAUUCUCCUCCUGCUUCCUAAGAAUCUCUUCAAUGUAUCUCAGUUUGAUUAAUUUUCAUAACUGAAAACACACUGAUCUUUUUCUUUUUUUUUUUUUUUUUUUUUAGAAAAGAUUUUUUUUUCUUGUU